AAAACAAAUCUUUAAACAAUCUGUGAAGAUAAUUUCCUAUAUUAAAGGCCUAAAGCAAUGCAAUGUAUAAUCGCGAAAAUCUGUGUGUGAAGCAGUCUUUUGGGAUGAGAAGGGAUAUGGCGUAUUCAAAUGACGAAGCUGAGGCCGUGUCUUUGUGCGUGUCAAAUUACCACCUUGAAGAUGAAAAGGAUAUGCCGGUAUCUUUUUCUGUGUUGCCAGUUCAAUGGGGUGAUUCUGAGAAUUCUGAUGAUGCCAACAAAGAGCAGGUAUUCCUGCAUGGUUUGGCCGAUAAUGGGCCGCAGAAGAUUUUCAUGCAAGUCAUGGGGUGGAGAUUUGAUCUUUCCAAUGCGAAACCUGAGAUAUCCUUGCUAUCAAAGGAUAGAAAGUGGAUCAAGCUUCAGAAACCAAGGAAGAGCUUUAUGGAUACUAUAAGGACCAUUUUAGUCACCAUUCACUUCCUGCAUCGUGUAAAGCUGAAUCCCCAAACAUCUGCAAAAUCUGUCUGGGAUAACUUGUGUAAAAAUAAGGAGUUGAGCUCUUAUGGUUUUAAGCCUUCUCAAAAUGAUAUAUCGGAACAUAUGCCUUUAAUUGGUGAAGCUGCCAAAAGGGAUGCCGCCUUAUCUAAAUCCAAGCAGUUUUUGCUCUUGGUUUUGGAGAAGAAGUUGGGGAUUCAGAAACUUUCGAAUGAGAAAGUUAAAGAUUUGGCUCAACCUCAAUGUAUAGUUGAUGAUAAUGACAAUGAUAUGAUAGAUGAACCUAGUGAAGAGUCAGAAGCAGAGGAGGAUUUGUUGGAUUCUGUUUGUGCACUUUGUGACAACGGUGGUAAACUUUUGUGUUGCGAUGGAGCGUGCAUGAGGUCAUUUCAUGCUACUGGGGAGGAUGGUAGAGACUCUAAUUGUGAUUCUCUUGGUUUUACGCGGAAGGAAGUCAAUGUGAUCCAGAGCUUCUAUUGUAAGAAUUGUAAAUAUAAUCAGCACCAAUGUUUUGCAUGUGGCAAGCUGGGAUCUUCUGAUAAAGUUAAGUGUGAGGUCACUAAAUGUUCUUCUGCAACCUGUGGCCGUUUUUAUCAUCCACGUUGUGUUGCGAAGUUACUUCCCAUGGUAGUUAAGUCUAAGCAUGUUGGAGAGGAAUUUGAGAAAAAUAUCGCCGAUGGUCAUCCUUUUAUUUGUCCUGUUCAUUAUUGUUGUGUCUGUAAAGAAUUGGAAAAUAAGAUGGAACCUGAGUUGCAAAUGGCUGUUUGUAGGCGUUGUCCAAAGUCCUAUCAUCGCAAAUGUUUGCCAAGACAGAUCUCUUUUGAUGAUGAAGAUAAUUUACCAAGGGCUUGGGAAGGUCUUCUAUCAAACAAUCGUAUUCUUAUAUAUUGUUUAAAUCAUGAGAUUGCUGAUGAACUUGGGACUCCCAAAAGAGAUCAUUUAAAAUUCCCCAAUGUUAAAGGCACUGUUCCAGAAAUUAAUGGUGCUGAUGAGAGGACAAAACCUGCGGACAAAGGGAGAGUUAUACUGAAGGAGAACAAUGUUGGCAAAGAUAAGGGACCUAAUUUGAUUGGAAGACUGUCAUCUGGGGAACUUAGUAAGAAGAACAAAUCAAAGUCAAAUGAAAUGAAUAAGGGUUAUGAGCGAAUCAAGCCUGUCAAUCAGGUUGAUAAUGAGACCCCGUUGGUUGAGCCUAUUAGAAAGUUGAGUUGUUCACUGCCUCUAUCAGAUGCUGAUUCAAAGAAGAGUUUGUUGGCUUUGUUUAAAGAAGUUAGAUCAUCAGUUACGUUGGAGAGUGUAAAGCACAAGCUUGCUUCUACUCAUACUCACGCAUUCAGAAAUGUUCUGGAGGAGACCAUUACAAUGGAGAAGCUGGAAGGAUCAGUCGAUGCUGCUCGAACACCUCUAAGGAAGCUAGAGAGUGAGUGCAGCAUUCAGGAUGUAGAAGCUGUUUGUGACCCUGAUGUUCUGAAACAUACUAUUGAUCAUACUAUUGAUCGUAAUAAAGGUAACAACCUCAUGCUAAAUCAUGAUCUCUUAAAGUCAACUAAUGAUCAGGAAGUUCAAGCAUCUAUAAAUGAAGGUCAGAAAAGAAGUUCACAUCAUGGUAAUGUUAACCAAGAGAGACAACAGGGACAGAAAUGUAGGAUGAGCAAGUCUCACAAGACAUCACGGAAGAGAAAACACAUUAGGGAAAAUGAGACAAGAGGACAGGGUGUGGGCUCACCAGCCAAAAGGCAGGCUGUAAAUGAAAUGACUGAAGGGGUACCUGACCAUAGCCAACCCAUUCUUAUUGAUGAGAGAUCCCCAGUUGCUGACCAUAGCCAACCCAUUCUUAUUGAUGAGAGAUCCCCAGUUGAAGGUUUUCAGCCUAAAUCCGAUAUGGCAUCUCCACAAGUUGAGGUUGGUGAUGACAAUUACCAGUUGGUGCCGGUCUCAGAUGUUGUAAAAAACAAUAGUGGGAUUACAAAUAAUAGAAGUGGCACUUCUGAACGUAUUGUGCCCCAACCUGGACAUCGUUGUGUGCUGAAGGGUUUUGCUUCCGGUCCUCACGUUGAAUAUUCACGCAGGCAUUCAGCUGGUUGGCUCGAAGAGUAGUUAAAACAUAUGUUGUUUUAUUAAUUUUUUUUCCUUUACUUCUGCAUAAUGAUGCUACAUGCUGUACAUAGAUGAUCUUAAGAUGGAGGUUGUUUAUUUGGUGGUUUAUUUAGUUAGGCAGGACCCUGUAGUUAUCAUUUCAGAUCUGGUAUGAUUAGAUUGCUUCUUUGUCCUGGCUUAAAUGUUCUG